GUUCAAACCCAAAAAGGACCUGAGCAGGGGGACAUCAUCAUCAUCAUCAUCUCCAGCUGGAUCAGCAUCUUACAGACGUGUUUCAGCAGCAUGUCUCGUGUAGAGUAAACAGCGGGAGAGCGCGAGCUGGAGCGAUAUGAACCGGGAGAAGGAGAAGACCGGCGACCCCACCGGAGUCAUCGUGCUCCCGCAGGACGGCAUGGACGACGCGCUGCCGGUGUUUCACUGCGCCGCGGGGAGAGACGCGUUACCGGCGGACAGCAGAGACACCUCGCCGAGACACGAGCACGAGCACGAGCACGAGCCCGCGGGCGCGCCGCCGACCAUACACCGGACCACGUCCUUCUCCGUUCUGGACAUUUUGGACCCCAAUAAAUUUACUAGUAAGAGGCAAGCGCCUAACAGGACAGGUUGUGAGUUCAUGUUUGGAGCGGAGAACAGAAGCGACGACUCAAAUCACACGAUCGAGCACAAGUCUUAUCAGGAGGACUACGACUGUAAAAAAACUGCAGGGAUUUUGAAGGACGGGUUCGUGUUCCGGUCAGAAGAGCGCGAGUCUGACGGAGAGCUGUGCAGCGAGGAGAGCGCGCUCACCGGGAACAACGACACCGAGUUCGGCCAGCACGAGGACGACGACCCCGUCAGCAAGAGCCCGGACGGACAGCAGUCGCAACAACAGUCCUCAACAAACGGACAGAGUCACUCGGCGAAGCCCAAACGGAAGCGCUCCGGUUCGGACUCGAAGUCGGGCAAACCCAGGAGAGCCCGGACCGCGUUCACGUACGAGCAGCUGGUGGCUCUGGAGAACAAGUUCAAGUCGACGCGAUACCUGUCCGUGUGCGAGCGCCUGAACCUGGCGCUGUCCCUGAGCCUGACGGAGACGCAGGUCAAAAUAUGGUUUCAGAACCGCCGGACCAAGUGGAAGAAGCAGAACCCGGGCGCAGACACCAGCGCGCCGACCGGCGGGAGCGGAGCAGGGCCGAACGGGUCCCUGAGUCCCCUGAGCCCGUCCCCUCCCAUGAGCGCGCACCUGUCCAUGCACUCCGGCUACCCGGGCCACGCGCCCGGAGGACUCGUGUGCACGGCGCAGUUGCCGUUCCUGCCGGGUCACGCGGUUCUGUCGCCCUUCAUGCUGGGCUCGCAGACUUACGGCGCGCCCACGUUUUACACGCCGCACUUAUAAGAGCAGAAUGACGGGAGGAGGACAAAGAACAUCUCUAUAUUCUCUCACACACGUGCAAAGACACUCGAGAGGUUUGUGAUGGGAUGGGAGGCGAACUGUUUUUCAACCUUUGCUGCACUGUGGCAAACCCAGAACUCAGUUUACGUGCUAAUGAUUAGAUUUCGAAUCGCUUCAUUUUGAUAAAAUGUGAAUAUUUCUCUAGACCAGACUGUAAAUAUUCAGUUAUUAUAAAAUGUGUUUAGACUUUAACUUUGAAUGCAAAUGUAGUAGGGAAUAAAACAGUAUGUAUCGAAACAAAGAAUGAGAUUGUGUACAAACAAACAUAGGCCUAAUGAAAAGUUUAUCUUGAGUUUUUUUUUACUGUGGGCCACAUUAUUUAAUUCUGAAGUUGCAUAGACUAUGCUAUUAUUUAAUUGUUUGUCUCUCAAUUAAAAUGUUGCAAUAAAAUGACUAAUUGUCAACUAUUCCGUUGGCAUAAGGCCAA